AUGAAUAAUUAUCAACAAGUUUUACAUCUCAAUAAAGAUCAAAUAUUUUCAAUUCAUUUAUGGUUAUCACAAAAUACUAAUCAAAUUAUUUCAUCACUCAACAUUGAUUCAUCAUUUAUUCAUCUUGAAUCUCUUGUUUUUUAUUCAAUUGAACCAGAUGUAUUAAUUUCAGUUCUUCCAAAAUUAACUUGUUUACCUCGUCUUUUCUCGUUAAUAAUCGAUACAUGGCCUACUCAAAAAGAUUUAGGUGAUAUCUAUCGAUUAAUUUUCAAUCUACCAAAAUUAAAGUAUAUCAAAUAUACAGCAAUGGAAUUUAAUGAUGUUGAUAUAACUAUUUCAUUACCAAUAACUACUAAUGAACAAAUAACUUCUAUUGAAUAUUUUAUUAUCGAUCAUUCUUGUGCUAUCGAUGAACUUUUUGCUAUAACAUCUUAUACUCCACAUCUUCGUCGUUUAAAAUUUUUGAGUCUUACAGAUCGAAAUGUAAAUAUUAGAAAUAUUAAACCAAUGAUAUUACCAAAUUUAACACAUCUUUCUAUUCAUAUAUAUAGUAAAAUGUCAUUUAAUAUAUUUCGAAAAUUUAUUAGUAAAUUAAAUUCAAAAAUCAAAGUUUUAUCAUUGACAACAAUAGUUGAAGAUAUUACUUAUCUUGAUGCUAAUCGAUGGGAAAAUUUUAUUUUAACAAAAUUAUCUCAAUUAGAAAAAUUUUAUUUUAAAUACAGUGCAUAUUUUGCAGAAGAUUAUGAAACCCCGGUGUAUUUUGGGCAACGUGAUCAAUUUAUUUCAUCAUUUUGGCUUCAACGACGAUGGGUAUUAGACAUUGAAUUUGAAUUUGAAAAUAUCAUUUAUUCAAUUCGUCCAUAUCAGUAUGUAUAUCAAAAAGAAGUUUUUACGUUGAAUAUAUACGCCGGGAAAAAAUAAGCUAUAGUCUGUAUUUUGGGAAUAUCGUUAUCAUAGCAGCGUAGGUGCAUAUUUGAAUUGUAAUUAUCUAGCUAUUUCUCUUAUAACUUUGCUACAAAACGAGAGGUGAUUUAUAGUAAAUUCUUGUAUUUUGUUGCACAACAAACUAGUUUUCCAUUGAUAUGAAUGAACAUUUUAAAACAAAUGAUGAAUAAAUGCGAAAACUAUAUUUUCAUAUUUAUUUUAUUCCUUUUAUCAUCUUUACAAUAAAGAAGAUAGUUGUAUUUACUAUGUGUACUUCAUAUUGGUAUUCUUUUAACAUUCACAUCCAUUGAUAAUUCAUGAAAUUUGACACUUACUCAAUAAUCUUUCUGAAUAUUAAACGAAAAUACUUGAUGACACACUUUUAUGAUAUAGUUAGUGACGUGCACACGGUCGAUUAAUAUAUAGUAAAUUUUCAGGUGACCUAAUUUGCCUAAACUAGCAAGGAAAACAUCAAGAUAUAGUAAGCACACAUCAAGGAAAAACAUUUUGCUUUUAAAUGCAGUGAUUGAAGUUGAUUAAAAACAGACGAGAAAUGAUUCUCGUAAAAUAUUGGAAAGAAAACCAAUGAGUUACCAAUGUUGAGUUAUAUGACAUAUGAAAGAGAAAAUAGAAUGUCUUACAUAUAAGGAUAAAUUUAGCCGGGUAAAACAUAUAUUCAUAUUCAAAUCUUCGAGGUC